AUGACAGCCAUCCACAACGCACCUGAUAUCCCCCCCUUUCAAUUGUUUCUGGAGGCCAGCGAGGCAAACUAUCACACACUCAAUGAUGGAAAUGAAAUCAAUCGAUCCAAUGUCACCGAUGACGCUACUGACGGCUUCACUAUCAUGGCAUCGUUGGAAAAAGUCAUUCACGGCGAGGGUACAAACCUUCACAGCUUCAUCGGCUUCCAUAUCGUCCUCUGUGGAGCUAAUUAUAAACGGCGCUUUAAAGUUGUAACGAUUACUAUACGCUUUGAGGAUGAAGCAAAGCCUCUUCAGGACGAUCCUGAGGUCGUUAGCAUCUGGCCCGACACCGAGUAUAUUUGGCAGGGCAUGACCAAGGAUAUACAAGAUACAAAGUCACUCGGCGGCACAGUUGAGGGCGGGGCCUAUGGUGCCAAAGUAACGCUUGAAGGCAAGUGGCAGAGGCAGGAAACCUUUGUGCGUAACACGCCAGCACGGAUUUCGGGAGAGAAAACGUUGCUCAAGAGGCGAGGGGGCUCACACAAGAACGCGAUGCGGAUCCGCAUGUGGGAAAACCCCCAAGAGGAGUCGGGUGUGCUACGCGAGCUGCGCACUGGUAUCCUUAUCCGGCGCAACGAGCAGGUCCGCUCCGCUUUAAGGCGUACAUCGAGGUUAAGGCCGAGGCCGACAUGCGGCAUCAAUUAUCUUGAUGCGGAUGAUGUUGCGGGUGUUAAUGGAGGAAUACCGAGCGCUGCUAUGGUGCGAGCCUAUGGCGAAGCUGCGUCAUGUGUUGAGCUGACGGAUGUGAGCAAGCGGGUUAAGAAGGAAGAUGGCGAGUGGAGGAACGUGGAGCAGAGUGACAUCCGGCCAACAUCUACCUGA